AUGGCAUAUCCAUACCCAGGUACACCGUACGGACACCUCCUGGUCGGACCUCCCGGGCACUGGGCACUAACACUAGUACUGGUUGGCAUUGGCCCGCACUGGCCUGUAAGCCCGCACGGCCUGUCCAGCUGGACUCGCAUUCCCGACGAUCAGAUCUCCUCUCGCGCCAGCCCGAGCGCUAAGCCCGAGGAUCCUUGCCCCCUCCAGGUGUCCCCCUUGGCUCAGCUGCAUUACUUCUGGGCCUUUGCGCUCAUUGAAGCAAUCCAUUCUGGCACAUUCUCGAGCUCCGGUCCCGUCUUCAUUCCUCGCAUAAACAUGGGCUAG